UGUCUGCCAGGCUCCCUGGCAUGUCAGUGGCCUUCAUUCCUGACUGGCUGUGGGGCAGUGCUGAAAUCAAUCAGGAGACGACCCAGCGGCUCCUGGAGGAGAAUGAUCAGCUCAUCCGCUGCAUCAUGCAGUACCAGAACAAGGGCCAAGCCCACGAGUGUGUCCAGUACCAGCAUGUGUUACAUAGAAAUUUCAUUUAUCUAGCUACCAUUACAGAUGCCAGUCCAGCCAGUACGUCACAAGCCAAAUAACCUUCCAGUUGGCUAUUGUGA